AUGGCAGAGGCUGCUAUUCUGGGCGUAAUAGCCAAGAUAUCUGGAGAAAUAGCUGUUAGUCGAAUCAUCAAAGAAAGUUCUCGCAUGUCUCGCGUGAGAAAAGACCUCGUUUGGAUUGAAACUGAGAUGAGACGCAUUCAAUCCUACGACCUUGCUUAUGAUGUGGAGGACAUCAUUGACACAUAUUUUGCCAAGAUAAGCUUGAUGAGUAGGACCCGGUGGGAGAGGCUUCUUGACUUCAGAAACAAGAGAAUUGCUCAUAGCUUUGUUAAAGAGGUUGAAGGCAUCAGAAAAAGGGUCGAGGAUAUCAAAAAUUCUCGGGAAACUUUUGGAAUCGAUGAAUGUAGCCGCAGCUGUGAAGAAGAUACAUGGGAUCCAAGACAAUCUUUCCCUCACCUUGAUAAAACAAAUGUUGUCGGUUUUGACGAUCUGAUCAAAAUUCUGGUGCACAAAGUCCUCGACGAGGAUUCAAAUCAUCGUGUGGUGUCUAUUGUUGGCUUUCCCGGUCUAGGAAAGAUGACUCUUGCGAGGAAAGUUUACAACUCUGCUCGGCAAUCAAAAGUUUACAACUCUGAUCGACUGCAUUUUGACUGCGCAGCAUGGAUUUGUGUUUCUGAGAGCCCAAACAAAAAAGGGCUUUUGCGCGACAUCGCAGGGCAGGUGGGCUUGAAGAAGGAGAAGAUGGAGCAUAACGUUGAGACCAAUCUAUAUGAAUUCUUGAGCAGGAAAAGGUAUGUGAUAGUGAUAGAUGAUAUAUGGCAUACCAGGGCGUGGGAUGCUUUAAAGAUUGGCCUUCCUACGAAUUCUGAGAAUGGGAGUCGAAUAGUACUCACUUCUCGGCAUACAGACGUAGGUGUACACGUAGGCGGGCCAAACUCUGUACUUUUGCUGGAACCCCUGGAUCAGGAAACCAGUAGGAGACUCUUCUACAAACUUAUAGUAGAUGAUUUACAAAAUAUUUGCCUAACACAUGAUCCCCCGCAACUAGAGAAAAUUAGUGAGCAAAUAUUAGAAAAAUGUGGUGGUGUGCCACUAGCAAUUGUACUAGUGGCAGUGUGA